AUGGAGGCGCCGACGGCGGCGCCGCGGGUGCGGUCGAUCCGGGAGACGGUGCUGGAGAGCGUGGCGGCGUACCACCAGCAGCAGCGGAUGCGCCGCAGGUUCCGCAAGAGCCUCUCCUACGCGGGGGAGCUCUCCUCCGCGGGCCGGGCCGGCGCCUCGUCCUCCCCGUCCGCCUCCCUCGCCUCGCUCGCCGGGCCCGAGGACGACGACGAGCCCUUCUGGGAGGAGGAGGAGGGCACGGUCGAGCUGGUCCAGCUCGGCGCCAACCGCGCCAAGAACGUCCUCGUCCUCAUGAGCGACACCGGCGGCGGCCACCGCGCCUCCGCCGAGGCCAUCAAGGACGCCUUCCGCAUCGAAUUCGGCGACGACUACCGGGUGUUCGUCAAGGACCUGUGCAAGGACCACGCCGGCUGGCCGCUCAACAACAUGGAGAGCUCCUACAAGUUCAUGGUGAAGCACGUGCAGCUCUGGAAGGUGGCCUUCCACGGCACAUCGCCCCGAUGGGUCCACAACUUCUACCUCGCCGCCCUCGCCUCCUUCUACGCCAAGUACGUCGUACGGAUCGCUUCCCUUCUCUCGCACUCCCACCCACGGAUCCUCCUGCAAUAG